AAAACAAAGAAUUCAAAUCUUAACAAAUAAAGUAUUUGAUGAGCUUAAAAAUAAUAUAAAAAAUGAACAAGUUCCAAGUAAACUAGAGGAUAAAGGAUAUUAUAAUAAUAGAAUUAAUGAGAUUCGUAAAGAAUUCUUAACAAAUAAUCAAAAAUUAAAAGAUCUAUAUAUUUUUAGAAGAUGGAAAUUAGAUUUAAUUCAAAGUGAAACAGAAGAUAAAAUAUAUGAUAUUACUUUUGAAUUAAUUAAUAGUUUUCAGAAUUUAAAUGAACUUAAUGAUAACUCAGAACUUGCCAAAGAUAUUUUAAAAUUAAAUGAAAUACUACUUACUGAAAAUAGAAAAAUUGAUAAUUUAAUAGCUAAAAGAAAACAAAAUUAUAAUAAUAAAUUAAAUGAUAAUUUUGUUGUGAUAGCAUCAUUAAGACAGCCACCUUCACCUAAACAACCAGCUGCUGAAGAUGAAAAUGAAGAUGAUAUUUAUUUAUUUACAAGAAUAAUUGAUAAUGCAAAAUCACAAAGAAAUUAUAAUAGAAAUGAAAUUGCUCAAAUUUUAUGGAUUGUUGAUGAAUAUAAAAAAACUUUAAACAAGGAUGAUAAAAGAAAAUUUACUUUAAGAGCUAAAACAAAUCAUGUUAAAGAUUUAAUAAAAGAUUCUUAUACAAAAA